AUGCCUACCCAAGAGCAGGACUUCAAAGUAACCAUUCAUUGGCUAGAAAGCUCUCGAGCUCAGCGAGUUUUAGUUCUCUUGGAAGAACUGAACCUGAAAUAUGACAUUCAAGCCUACAAACGAGACAAAGACGGGCUUGCGCCAAGCGAACUUCAAAAUAUCCAUCCACUGGGCAAAUCGCCAACAGUCGUGAUCGAAACUCCCAACGAGCAACCUCUUGUUCUCGCCGAGUCAGCUACUGAGGAGUGGAUGAGGUUUCGUUACUUUUCGCAUUACAUUGAGGGUAGCUUGAUGUCAUUGUUGGGUAUUGCGGCUGUGAUUCGAAACAUACAGAACGCUCCCGUGCCAUUCUUCAUCAAACCCAUCACUCGGAUGAUAUCAGGCAAGAUCAGCGAAAGCUUCCUCGAUCCCAACUUCAAACGGCACUUUAACUUCCUUGAGAGCCAACUGGCGAGUUCACCGAAUCAUGGGGAGUAUCUCGCUAGGGAAAAUUUGACCGUCGCGGACAUUAUGAUCGUUUUCCCACUCCAGGCAGCUAUUGAAUGGGCUGGUCUAUCGAAAGGCACUCAUCCGAAGCUUCAUGACUAUUUGCAGAGAAUGGCGGCAAGAGAAUCUUCUAGAAAAGCGGAGAAGAGGAUCGUUGAGGCUACGGGUUCAUUCAAGCCCGUAUUUUAGAUCAGAACUCGGUUGAAG